CAGUGAAUUUUGAAAGCUAUGGAAACAUAGGUCACACGGACUCGAAUCUGUACAACUCACUUCCCACUUCGUAGACCAAGCACCUACAAACAAUGCCCCCCCUGCCAGCAAUGAUGAAUACUAAAUACUCCACGAACAACUUUGAAUAUUUUUCAAAACCGCAGAUGCGUAGUUCAGGAGUGUCCAAAAACAGUCAUUAAGUGAUCAAAAUGAGCGGGUCACCUAUUCCCGACGUGCGACACAGCGCCCCCUUCAUCGAGAUCAUCAGGUCCAACUACAGCGAUGUCGCUACCUACCUGGAUGUCACGACGGUGGUGUACCCCGUGCUCCUCUCGCCUUUGGAGUUCAGGAACUUGUCUACUAUUAGCGAAGCUAAUAGUACUGGCUUGAAUGCUACCAGGGAAAUCAACUCGUUUUACUUUUAUAAGGCAGAGCAGUUCACCGUGCUGUGGGUCCUCUUCACGAUGAUUGUCCUGGGGAACUCUGCGGUUCUCAUUGCCCUCUUGGUUGGCAAAAGUCGGAAGUCCAGGAUGAACUUCUUCAUCAGACAACUCGCCAUAGCUGAUCUGGCCGUGGGAUUAAUCAACGUGUCCACCGACAUCGCCUGGAGGAUUACAGUGGCCUGGCACGCGGGGAACGUCCUCUGCAAGAUCAUCCGGUUCUUGCAAGCGGUGGUGACGUACUCCUCCACCUACGUGCUGGUGGCGCUGUCCAUCGACAGAUACGACGCAAUUACUCACCCCAUGAACUUCUCCGGAAGCUGGAAACGGGCCAGAGCGCUGGUGGUAAUUGCGUGGAUGCUCAGUGUGCUCUUUGCGACGCCUACUAUUUUUCUUUUCGAAGAAAAACCCAUCGAGGACAUCCCCCAGUGCUGGAUAGACCUAAAGCAGUGGCAGUGGAAGGUCUACAUGACCUUGGUGGCUCUGGCGCUGUUCGUCGUCCCCGCGCUCAUCAUCAGCGCUUGCUACGCAGUUAUAGUUUGCACGAUCUGGUCCAAGAGCAAAUUGCUGAUCCCCGUGGGACACAUCCCGAUCCGGCAGAGUGAGGACCACAGAGGCAGGCCACCCAGGAGUUACCACGAAGACCAUGACAGCCGUCGUGCCAGCUCGAGGGGAAUCAUUCCAAGAGCCAAAAUAAAGACUGUUAAGAUGACUUUUGUCAUUGUAUUUAUGUUCGUAGUCUGUUGGAGCCCUUACAUAGUAUUCGAUCUGUUGCAAGUCUAUGGUCACAUUCCAAAAACGCAGACGAACAUCGCCAUAGCAACCCUCAUACAGAGUUUAGCACCGCUAAAUUCAGCCGCUAAUCCCGUUAUAUACUGCCUUUUUUCCACGCACGUAUGCGGGAACCUGAGGUGA